AAUUAUGAAUGAGAUAUUUUACCUCCUUUUCUGUAGGAAGUCUUCGAAAUCCCGUGUAUGUUUUUACACAUACAGCACAUCUCAAUUUGGCCUGGCCACAUGUGGCUAAUUGGACAGCACAGUUCUAGAGUGUUCUCUUUCAGCCUUUACCUAAAGUAGAGCCUAGCCUGGUUCUCUUAGGUGGGGAUGUUGAGGAAGGACAGGGUACUCAAGGUGUCCUGGCAGAGCCAGGCCUCAAAGCUGAAACCACUGCAAAAUUUGGGGACUUUUGGGAGCAAACCAUGCCUGCUUUCUCCAUUUGUGAACUGCCUUUAUUGAGCCUUCACCGGGGUGUCUGGUUCUUUAUGACUAGAGUUAUGCCUUAUAACCACCACAGGAGGGUGAAGAAACAGAUUCUGAGACCUUUCUAGGUAGUGCUUCAAGGUCAUAUGUGGGGUGUCAACAUAGGCCCAUUUGACCCCAAAGUCUGGGCUUUUAACCCUCAAGAGCACUUUGAUAUUGGAGUGGUUAAGAGCACAGGCCAUUGAGUCAUUUCCUGGUUGGGUUUCCUUGAAUCCAUUCGUGAGUCCUUGGAAGCCUCAGUUUCCUCACCUGUAAGAUGGAGAUGUUGUGAGGAUUCCAGGAGAUGCUGCAAGAGGAAAGCCCUAUUAGGUUCUCAAAAAUAAUGUUAACUGCUAUUAUUACCGUGUAUCUUGGUUUUUCUGCUGCCAUUAACCUCUCUGGUGCUCUUGCCCCUCUCAAGUCUUUUAUUCAGAGAUUUCUUCAGUGGACAGAAUUAUUGGAUCCUACAAAUUUGGUUGUUUCAAUUGAAAAAAUAGAAAAAUCAAGGCAGCUAUUGUUGACACAUGAAGAUGCAUCCAGAAGUGACUUGGAGGACAAAAGGGUACAAGAAGCUUGGAAGAGAAGUCUCUCAACAGUGCAUCCUGACAAUAGCAAGCUGAUCCCUGGUCCUUUUCGACCUGCAGCUCUCCUGCCUUUCACGGCGCCCAUGGUAUUUCUGUCAAUGCUGCCAGUAAAAAGUCUAAAGUCCAUGAUUUUACCUCAGGUUUCCUUCUACACCUACAGUACAGUCUUCAACAUUGUCAAUGGAAAUGCAAGUUAUGAUCGUCGCCCCCAUGAGAGUAUAUUACUAGGAGCAGGAGUGAUUGCUUCUUCCACCUUUUUUGGAUUAUUCCCUCGUUUGCUCCAAGUAAGAUUUUCCCUGAAUAGCAUUUUGAGCAGAAACGUCAUUCCUGUCAUCAUUCUCGCCCAACUCAGUGGAAUGAAUGUGGUUGCAUCGAGAAGUUUGGAGCCCCUGCGAGGGAUUGAGGUCAUGGACAAGGAAGGCAGUGUCAUAGGCUAUUCCAGAAAAGCUGGGACAAAGGUAGGGGGACGCACGACAUGGAGCUGUAAGCUGCUUGCCUUUUGGGCAAAGAAUUGAAUUGCCUGUUUGAGA